GUGUGAACUAACACCUUCCAACAAAUAGUUUUGCUGUUUCUCUGCCCCAGCUAGCUGGGUUGGGGAGGGAUUCGCGGUCGAGAGCCGAUGUGCGUAUCUUGCUUGCCAGGGAGCAAAAGGCCCUGAAAGGCGGGUCUGCUCUUCAGAUAAUGUAUUUGUUUUAACGCCCCGCUUAAUUACUUUGGACACUGAGUGGGGAAUAAAUCAUCCUCGGGGGUUGUUCACUGCAGAUGGCAUGUUAAGGCGAGUGGAGUUCCCGAGCGCUUCUAGUAGAAAAUCUGGCCUCUUGCCGCCAAAUGACGAAUAGCUUUUUUCAGUCCGAUCUUCGCACCCCGAAAGCGUUAAUUCAGAAACGCAGCCGAUUCCCGUCACGCUGACAAACGUAAUGGGGCUUCAGGAAUCCAGCCAAGCAGGCUAAACUUCUAGAGCAGAGCUUCUGCAGGCGCGUGAAGCAACGCGCCGCUGAACGCGAGUAACCUGAGAUGCUCGUCCCUCGACAGAGUGCGCCGCCGUCGGAGUCGAUCUUGCCCGGCCUAUUGGAAACGUGGAGCUCUGUUGAUUGAUGGCAGACCUGCCCCGUGCUUCUGGCUUGCAGGGCGGGACUCCUCCGCCUUCGGAUCGGUGCGAGGGGAAGCGACGCGGUCGUAGGUGGGAACCCGAUAGGUGGAUCUAUAGAUUUCCCAAGAUCUUCAUUUCCAUCUGAUUUGAUUACCCAGCUUACAGUUCAUCUUUUUAUGAGGGACUAGACCAACCCAUGGUCUCAGUAAGUCAUAGCAAACUGGUAUCUGUUUCUAGCGCAUUGCUUGCCCCAGCUUUUGAUCAGCAAGAUAACAUAUUAGAUGUUCUCAAGCCUGACAUGCCACCAUUAAAUUUACUGCAGGAUUGCAGCAGUGAACAAGUAUCUGUUCCAGCUGUUACCUCAAAUACAGCAUGUACAUCAGAGAUGGGUGUCUCGUUGUCGAUGGUAAAGAAGGAAGUGGAGAAACCACAGAAUACCAUCUAUGAGGCUUACCUCAAGCUGCCAGAUUUUUGUUCUGAAGUCUCUAGAGAUUUCAUCCCUACACUGGAAGAGAUUGAGGAGUUCCUCAAUGAGAAGAAGGCACUUCUCAAGGAUGAGAUAAAUGACAAACAGCCAGGAGGACAACUUGCGAUAAAAUCUGAAAUCAACUUAAGCAGUGCAGGGGAACAGUCUGCUGCUGGGACUGAUCUAGAUGAAGGCAUUUCUAGCUCUGUUCAGGCUGGAAUGGUAUCUGGAGACAUAAGCAUGCCUGGAACCAUGGGGACAAUCCCUGUUCUCCUUCAGAUCCAGCCUGUCCAAGCAGAAGAUAGCUCAUCCAUCCAGAGCUCUCUUGGUGGUAUUCGGGUGGCCCACUUGAUUAUCAGAAUGCAAGGCCAGAACUUAACUGUUUAUCCUCAGGUCACCCCAAGUCCUGUGAAAGGCACAGACCAGAAGUAUGUACGAAUAGCCCCUUUGCCUGUGGCACUGAGGCCAGAAGUUCUUGGAAGUCCAAGGAGUAUGGAGACCAAGGUCCCCAAAGUUUCUCCUUCUGUUAUCCGAGUCCACAAAUGUACACAUCCUGGCUGCACCAAAAUGUAUACCAAGAGUUCCCAUCUUAAGGCACACUUCCGACGUCAUACUGGAGAAAAGCCUUAUACCUGUACGUGGCCUGACUGUGGUUGGAGGUUUUCCCGUUCAGAUGAGCUCUCUCGCCACAAGCGCUCCCAUUCUGGACUCAAGCCUUACCAGUGCCAAGUGUGCGAGAAGAAAUUUGCCCGCAGUGAUCACUUAUCUAAACAUAUGAAGAUCCACAAAGGGUCAUUCAGUUCAGGAAGUCAGACAGCAGGUUGUUUUCAUAAUAGUUAACCAACUCUCUGCUUGCUUGCCUCGAGAAGAAUUCCUGUCAACUCAAAGGACAACUGAAUAGAAAAUAUGAUUUUCCUUUAGGAGAGGAGGAAAUUAGAAAGUGACUUCUUUAAGUCUGGGGGAAGCUUACCUCUGUUUGAAUGUGCCUUACAAUUAGGGUUUGCCUCCAAAUCAAGAUCUUUAAUACAUGUUAAUAAUUGUAAAUUAUAUCUGAGAGGAAAAUGUGACAAUUCAGGAUGUGGAGAAGAACAGCAUGAGAUCCUGUUUCAUAUUGAAUUUUGUAAAUACUGUACAUAUUCAGGAAUUCUGAAUCUUCUGUUAAGCUGUACACAAGGGACAGUAUUCAAAUGUAAGUUACUCUUUUCAUCAUUUCUCAGACUACCCCUGUUUGAUCAAUCUGGCAUUUAUUCUAAAACCAAAACAAUGGGAGAAAAUUAUUUCAGGUUGAUGCAUGCAAGUGAACAUCAGUUACAAUUUCCCAAAUCCAGCAAACAAAUUACUCCAUGAAUUCCAAGUUCCUCUUUUAAAAUACGGACUUUACCUUCCCAAACUUAUAUUUUGCCACUCCAAAGUGAGUUUGAUUGCUUUCCCUGUAAUAUGUUUUGUUUUUUUAAGUUUUCUUUGGGGAAAUGAAUUAGAUUUUGGAUUACUGUGAAUGAUUAUUUUGUCUCUUAAGAGCCACAUUUAAAAUGCAUAUUCUGUGGAAUGUAGAUUGCCAGUGCCUCAGAAUGGUACCCAAGGUGAAAUUGUGCAGUUCUUGCUUUUUGUCUAAGUGCUGCAUUGCUAGAGGGUGCCUUCUGCCUUUCUAAUAAGGCAAGCCAGAAUGAUUCUUCAGCUCAAUCCAUUUUAAUU